UCACUAGUCAUAUUCUUAGUCACACACAAAUUUAGAGUUCAUCACUUGUUUAAAAAUAAAAAGGGUUUUAACUUGAAAUACUAAAUUAAUUCUCACCAAAAUCACAGCUACCCCAAAUCUGAAUGACGCGAUUCUAGCAUAUGAUCAAAUCCGCCAUUUCUGUUCGAGUAAUCUGCUUCAACAGCUGCAGCAAAUUCCGUUAGGGUUGUGGAAAUGGCAGCCCUAAUCUACCAGAUCUUCUCAUCGGCGGCGCUGCUGACGCAGGGGCUCUACCACCUCAUCUCCACCACCAGAAACCACCUCAAAUUCCCCGCCGAUUACGUCGCUAAACCCUACCAUCCUCUCCCCUUCAAUUCCCCCUCCGCUUCCCACCACCACCACCACCACUGGUGGCGGCAUCUGCAGCUCUACCUCACCAUCCUCUGCCUCCUCAUCGCAAUCAUCCAUCAGCUCCUCGUCUCCUCCGACUCCGAUCCCCUCGUCAAAGGCCGCACCGCCGUCCACCUCUUCACCUCCCUCCAAUCCGCCGCCUUGCUCUUCGCCUUCCUCCUCCUCGCCGUCGCCCUCCUCCUCUCCGACGCCACGUCUCUCCUCCCUCUCCCGCUGGAUCUCUUCUUCGCCGUCGCCUCCACGCUCUUCUUCCUCCAAUACUCCCUCCUGUCGUCCUCCGCUGCCGUGCAGACCUCCGAUCUCCAGGCCAAAUGCGCCUCCACCUCCGCUCGCAUCUCCGUGCUCUCUUCCGUUUUGUGCCUGGCCCUCGCCUGCCAGCCGAAACUCUACGUGGCGGAUGCCGCCCUGGGCGUUUCCUUCUGCUUGCAGGGGCUAUGGGCGCUGCAGACAGGGCUCUCGCUCUACGUCGACGCCUUCAUCCCGGAGGGCUGCCACAAACUGCUGGAUGUGGUGAGCGGCGUCGAUGGAUCGACCAAGUGCGAUUUGGAUGACUCCAAGCUGAGAGCGGCCUCCAUUCUCGACCUCAUGUUUGUCCUUCACGUCGUUUUGGUGCUUGUUAUCUUCCUGGUAGUCUACAGUGUUAUUGCAAAGACACUGGGCGUCCGUGCCAGGUUUGGAUCGUAUGAAGCAUUGUCAAAUACCUCUGUGGAUGCGAAUCACAUCCAAUUGAAAGCUAUGAGCGGCACCCAGGCGUAGUCAAUUCAGGUUUGGUCAUGAAACAGAUUGGUGAAUUACGAACGAUGCUUUUGGAGGAGCCAAUUUCGUGUAAUGUGUAUGAUUGAGAGAAGCUCUGUUACGGUGUUGUCUCCGAGGAAUUCAUUUUGUGCGUGUAUAGUACAAUUACAUCAUAUUUGUUGAUCAUUUAUGAUGUUACUACUCAUUCUCUGUCCAACAAGAUUUUGAGUAAAUGUACGUUUCUAACCCAUAGUGAAUUCCCAAAAAUAUCACACCCUUCAACAGUGUAUAACUUUUUUGUUUCUGUAUACCUAAUUUUGACUGGAGUGGUACAUGGGAUAUGGAAAAUGUUUGAAUC